AUGUUGUCCCUGAAGGGCACCCUGAUCCUCUUGUUGCUGUUCUUCAGCAGUUUUUUUGGCAGUAUCUUCAUGUUGGCUCCGUUCCUCCCUGUCAUGCUGCUGUCCACCUCGGUGUAUCGCUGGAUUACUGACCGGAUCGUUGCUGUCUGGCUCACUCUCCCUGUGGCUCUGCUGGAGAUGGUACUUGGUGUGAGGGUGGUUAUCACUGGCGAUGGCUUUGUACCUGGUGAGCGCAGUGUGAUCAUCAUGAAUCAUCGGACACGCCUGGACUGGAUGUACAUGUGGAACUGCCUCCUCCGAUAUAGCUACCUCAGAAUGGAGAAGAUCUGCCUGAAAUCAUCCCUCAAAUCCAUUCCAGGCUUUGGUGAGUCAGCCUGACUGUUAAUUGCUCUC